AUGUCAAAAUCCUAUCAGGAAGCCCUCCGACUCCUCACCUCCCGCUCCCGGGCCUUCAGGAAAGUCAUCACCGAUGCCGGCGGCAAGCCUCGCCCGCCUCGAGGCAACGAUGUCGGAAUGCGAGAAUGGCUCACGGCCUUGGGCCACGACCGAACAAAGACCCCAUUUGACGUGAUCCACGUCACGGGGACCAAGGGCAAGGGUGGAACCUGCGCGUGGACCGACGCCCUACUCCGGGCGCAUUUCAGAUCCCGCGCGGCAGGACCGCGAGCGGCGGCGGCCGCAGGCGGGCGGCAGCUCAAGGUCGGCCUCUACACGUCACCGCACAUCGUGUCGGAGCGCGAGCGCAUACGCAUCGACUUUGCGCCCGUGUCCGAGGACGACUUUGCGCGGCACUUCUUCGAGGUCUGGGACGUGCUGCUGCGCCACGUCGGCGGCGGCAUCGACGACAUGCCCGGCUACCUGCAGCUGCUGGCCCUGCUGUCGGCUCACAUCUUCCGCAAGGAGGAGGUGGCCGUGGCAAUAUACGAGGUCCACGCCGGCGGCCGCUUCGACGCGACCAGUCUGUGGGACCGCCCCAUUGCGUGCGGCUUCAACACCAUCGGUCUCGAUCACGUCGGCCUCCUGGGCAACAACGUGUCCGAGAUCGCAUGGAACAAAGCCGGCAUCAUGAGGAGGGGCACUACCGCAGUAUCGGUCCCGCAAGUUCCUGAAGCCAGGGAACAACUCGUGGCUGAGGCGAAACUGCUCGACUGCCCGCUUGUGUUUGUCGAUGGGGCGGAUGAGCAAGUCAUCCCUCCAGAGGCCGGCCAGAUGAGGUCGGAGCUACUACUACCUGGACCCCGUUACAACCUCGCGCUGGCGGCGAGGCUGGCAAACACUUAUCUGGAGGCAAGACUAGGCUCACAGCUCAGCAAGGAGGACAUAAUGGAGGCUGUUCAUGAUUACCAAUGGCCAGGUCGGUUUCAGGUCGUUCAAGCACCCAAGCAACAGACUCGUUGGUAUCUGGACCUGGCACACAACGAUUUGAGUCUCCCGGUAGCGUUGAACUGGUUCUUCACCGAAGCCAGCAAGUUUGAUAAAGCUCAUCCUGUGCAGAGCUCACAGGCUGCCGCAGCUCCAGAGGCAGGCAUAUCCUCGCAGUCGGCCCCCAGAACCAAAGUGUUAAUAUUUGGUCAUCAGUCCCACUUCCGCGAGACCGCUCCCAUGGCUGAAGCCGUGGUCCGCCAUUGCAAUGCCCAAGGUCUGGUUUUUGACCGUGUGAUCCUGGCAAGCCACUCACAUCGUGUAUCGGGCAAGCAGGUAUUUGGUUACGACUCGGCCCUCGAAAUCAUGGAGAUCUGGAAAGGCAUGGCGGGCUCGCCCGAGGUCACAUGGUCUGCUUCCAUUGUAGAAGCCAUGGACAUGGCAAACCAGACUGGCUUGCACGUACCGUGUCAAGGCGUCGGUUCGCAUUCCUUGAUUGUGGGCUCUUCGCAUCUUAUUUCUUCGGCCAUUUCUGCCAUGUCAAGCCCUCGUCCUUCGGGUUGA